GCGGAAGCAAGCCGGGCUCCUUCCCUGCCUUCUUCCCGGUUCAGAUGGGGCUCCUGGGAGGGAAGAGGCGUCGGCGGGGCUGCUGGGUCCCCGCCCGCUUCCUCCUCCUGCUUCUCCUCCUGCUUCCUGCUUCCCUGGCUGGAAGUGCCUCGGCCAGCAACGCGGGCGACCCUUCUUCUUCCUCCCCAGCUUCGCCCCGCAGCCCCGGCAUGGAGGGCCAGGAGGAGGAGAUCCCGCGGGGCAACUACCCGGCCACCCGGGCGGCCCGCCUGGUCGCCCACUACAUCAACGCCCAGCGGGGCAGCCCCAGCAGACUCUUCCAGGUGCCGGCGGUGCACCAAGCGAGGAGAGAGCGCAUUCCAGGAGUUGGAAAUAAAUACCAUCUGAAGGUUUCACUGGAAGAGGCCCUUCAGAAAGGAAGUCCUGUGAACUGCACGGCUGAGAUUCUUUAUCAUCACGGUGACCCACAUGUUGCUGCAGAAGUGCAUUACACUGUGGAAGGGGAGCUUGAGAUCAAUACAGACGAGGCAGAUAACAAGUUUUACAACAAGAUCAAGAAUCUUUCUGAACCACUAGAGGCACAAAAAAUCCCAGACAAUUAUGGAAAUAUGGCGGCGGAAAUGGAGCCUGUUCGGAAUUUAGCCCUUAUUGCCUGUGCACAUGUAAUAUGGCAGAUUUCCACAGAAGACACAUUGUACAACUUGGCACAAAUUGAAAGUGUCAAGCAAGUGAAGAGAAAAGAUGACUACCUUGAAUUUUCCUUUGUUGUUUUACUUCAUGAUAUGGUCUCCCAGGAAAUUAUUCCUUGGCAUAUGCAAGUUCUAUGGCAUCCACAGCAUGGAGUGAAAGUAACACAGAACAGCCGUCAGCCAAAGCGUGCAGCUCAAUAGCUUCACGUCUUCUAUGCUACUCUUAGAGCUUUUUGAAACAGUUUUUAAAGCAACUAUAUACAGAAAACAAUAGUUACACAA